UCAGGCACACACAGAGAGAGGAGUCAGCACAGCGGAGCGUAAAAACUUACACUGUGGUUGCAGGCACAUUUAGAGAAGGUUAAACUUCUCCUGUUAUUACCAACUAAGAGAUAUUUGCAUAGAUAACCUGGACAUGGCCCUUGGCAAAGAGAAGCUGCAGCUCUUGUUUCGUUUCGCCCUGGUGUUCUCGGUGGUUCUGACCUCAGCUCUGAGAACCCUGGAUUCAGACCAGGAGCUGCAGGAUAGCGGUUUCGGUCGCCCGCCGCCUCGCCACGGCCUCAAGCUGCUGGGCUGGUACGUUCAGGACUGCCUGGACAACAACAUGCGGGCUCUGUGUGAUCCCACUAAAGGAGAGUUUGGAUUUCACAUGUUUCAGAACCGUAGGCCUCAGAAACUGCUUCCAAUAAUAGAGGACGAAAAGCAAUAUGCAUACUACACCAUCGGAAACCUCCACUCUUCACAUGCCAAGGACCUGCCCUUUGAAGUCAAGAGGUACUACAACCGCAGUGACCCUAAAAGCAACAUGGACAGAGUUUUGGUGAGAUACAACAUCAACAAUAAACACAUUGACCAAAUCUACGCAUCUGCACAUUACGAUCCAAACGAGACGUACAUUAUUGGCCCCAAUCUUCUUGCCUUUCUUCGACAACAGCCCUACAUUAGCAUAGAGAUGUGACUUCUGAUGUCAAACUCUCUGUGACAACUUUAAUAGCUCCGUGAUUCAUUCCUCCAGAGAUAUAUGAUGGAGUUUCAACAUUCAUUAAACAAUGUGGAUUUGGCUGCUGCUUUUCUUUGUGGUCUGAUUGCAAGAAAAGUGAAAUUUUUGAUGAUUAUAUUUCCUGAAAGUCAAGUUGCACAGUAUGCCUACUUUUAGAAUAUACAGUAGAGAAUCCAUAGAAAAGUGUCUUUGACCAAUCAAAUAAAUGUUCGAAUGGGCUGCUUUGGUGUGUGUCUAUGUGUGAACAUUUCUGUUCAUUAAAACUUUGGUCUUUUGUACCUGGAUUGGGGCAUCUUUCAGCUUAGAUCACAUUGUAAUAUUCACAAAGGUUUAUCCCAUCUAAUUGCUGGGGGCUUGCAACACAAGGACAUUGUCAAGCCCUUGGGUAUAUUUGCAGUUUCCCCGCUUGAAAGGGAUGGUACAGUCCAUAGGAGGUUUUAACUGGGUUUCACUCAUACAAUGACCACAACUUUGUUUUCUUUUGGGUUCUUCUUUACUUUAGUAAAGUUGUAAGGUGAAAAACCUUAAAUGAA